UCAAAGUAUCUAAAAACGCCGAGUAGUGCAAUAUAUAUAAAUAUAUAUAUAUCGCGCGCGCACACACACACAUAUAACGCGUACGUUGGUUUACGUCGGACGAAUGAGAUACUUUGGUGAAGUUUAUUUUUGCUGAGGUAUUUAAGAAGCAGAAACAUGUCGGAAGCUGACACCUGUUAGUUGUCGAAAUGAUUAAAAUGUUAUUUAUUGCGCUAAGGGUGCUUUCCCCCUCGGUGCAUAAAUCAGAGUAUUUCUAAUUAAAUGCUAGCACUGACUUAAUUGUUUUUCAUGUAGAAAACAUCUCUGAGUAAUUAACGUAAGCGAUUUGUUUUCUCGCAUAUUUUAUAAUGUUGCCAAAAAUUCUACAAUCACCUGUUUUAAAAAUAAUUAUCCUUUCUAUUACAGGCUUUUUGGAAUUUGGGGAAGAAAGGCUAGUCAACUGGUACUUAUUUUAUCGAACCCCAAAGGGAUGAAAAGCAAAGUCAAUCUGGGCGAAAUUUGAAUCCAGAGCGUAAAGAGACGAAGGGAAUACAACUUAAGCAUUUUGUUUGACUCGCUAACGAUUCAGCCUUUAAUAAUUGUCUCUUGUUUUGUCUGAAACGCAGCAAUUUGUGAGGAAGAGGCCAGUGCUCAACUGGUACAUAUUUUAUCGACCUCGAAAGGAUGAAAGGCAAAGUCUCGGCGGAAUUUGAAUUCAGAACCUAAAAGAUUAGAAAAAAUGUCGCUAAGCAUUUGUUUGGCGCGCUAUGAUAAUAAUACCAUUAAUUAUUUUGUCCUUCGCCUUCCAAAUAUUUCUUGUAAGUAGUCAGCUACGAAAGUAAGGCUGUUAGUUUAGGUCUGUGUAAUUAUUUGUAUCACUUAGUUUGUUCUUUUCUGUCAUUAAUGUCUUAAUGAACAUUAUCCAAAUGUGUUGUUUUAUUAAUGUCCUCACAUUUCUAUAUUUUUUCACUUCUAACUACACCAAAUAGUGAAGAAAAAUAUUAGAAAACACACUGACAUGAGUUAUGCCACCAUGCAGCUUGCAAAACUACAAACUUGAGAUGGUGCUUGGCUUUAUGCUAUGAGAUGUAGUGGUUGAAGUAUGAGAGAAUGGGUGGGAUGCAGAGGUUUUUGUCACCAGUAAUGCAUUAAUGAAGGAUGGCAUUAUCAAGAAGAUAUGCAACGUCAGUUAUAUAACCUUGAAGUUGUUUAUGAAAUUAUAAACAAAGGAUUUCAAUUUGCAUUUAAGGGCAACAGACAGCAUUAUGGCUGAGAUAUGUAAAAAUGAAAUUCAAGCUGAUGAAACACAAUCUGAAAAUAAAGAUAUACGUCGUGAGACAGAGUUAGAUGUAACGAAGAAAUUGUACACCUGUGAUGUAUGUUUACUAAUAUUCUCCGAUAUUGGAAGUUUGACUAAUCACAAACAUGUACACUCAGAGAAAAAACCAUAUCUGUGUAAUGCCUGUGGCAAAACAUUCUCACGGAAGACUAAUUUAACCCGUCACAAACAUAUACACAUAAGAGAAAAACCAUGCCACUGUAAUAUCUGUGGUAAAUCAUUUUCAUCGAUUGAAAAUUUAUCUUCUCAUAAAAGCACUCAUUCAGUUAAGAGACCACACCAGUGUAAUGUCUGCGGUAAACGGUUUCCCAGAGGAGCAACAUUAACUCGCCAUAAACGUAUUCACAAUGAUAAGAAACCAUAUCAAUGUGACACUUGUGGCAAAACCUUCUCACAGAAUGGGAAUUUAGCUUCUCAUAAACUUGUUCACUCGGGAGAGAAACGAUAUCAUUGUGAUAUUUGUAGUAAAACAUUUUCCCGGAGUGAAUAUCUGAAACGACAUAUACGUGUUCACACAGGGGAAAAACCAUAUGAAUGUGAUAUCUGUGGCAAGGCAUUCUCUGGGAGUGCAAACCUCACUUGUCAUAAACGUAGGCACACAGGUGAGAAACCAUACCAUUGUGAUAUCUGUAGUAAAUCAUUCUCAACAAGUGGAACUUUAUCUUGUCAUAAGCGUAUUCAUUCAGGUGAGAAAUCAUAUCAGUGUGAUAUCUGCGGUAAAACAUUCUCUCAAAAUGGACUGUUAGUUAAUCACCGAAGUGUUCACACACGUGAGAAACCGUACUACUGUGACAUCUGCGGUAAAAGAUAUUCUGUAAAAGGAGAUUUAACACGUCACAGUCGGGUUCAUACUGAUAAGAAAUCUAACCAGGGUGAUAAAAUCUGUGAUAAAAAGAUCACUGUCAGUGAAAAUAUAAUUUCUCCUGAACUGAUUGAGAUAGAGAAACCACAUCAGUGUGAUAUCUGUGGUAGAAGGUUUUCAGAGAAUAGAUAUUUAAUUAUGCACAAGCAUAUUCAUACAGGUGAGAAACCAUAUCAGAGUAAUAUCUGUGAUAGAAAGAUGGAUGAAAAUGAAAACUUAAAUUCUCACUCGGAGAAAUCGUACGAGUGUAAUAUCUGUGGUAAGAUAUUUGCACAGAAGAGAUAUUUAAUUAGGCACACACAUAUUCACACAGGUGAUAAACCAUACCACUGCGACACAUGUGGUAAAGCAUUCUCUCAAAAUGAGUAUCUGACACUUCACAAACGUAUUCACACAGGAGAAAAACCAUAUGUGUGUGAUAUUUGUGGUAAAGCAUUCUCUACGAGUAAAAGUGCAACUCGUCACAAGCGUAUUCACACAGGUGAGAAACCAUAUCACUGUGAUGUCUGUGGUAAGACAUUCUCCGAAAGUUCAAAAUUAACUCGUCACAAAGAUACACACACAGGUGUGAAGCCAUAUCACUGUGAUAUCUGUGGCAAAACCUUUUCAGUGAAAACAAAUUUAACUCGUCACAAUAAUAUACACAGAGGAGAAAAUGCUUGUCACUGUGAUGUGUGUGGUAAAACAUUUUCAACAACCGAAGAUUUGUCAUCUCAUAAAUCUAUUCAUUUAGAUGAGAAACCAUAUCAUUGUGAUGUCUGUGGUAAAAUAUUUUCUGAAAGCAAAGCAUUAUCUGUCCAUAAACGUAGUCACAUGGAUGAGUAAGCAUAAUACUGUGAUAUCAGUGGUAAAAUAUUCUCUCAAAGCAGGCAUUUAACUUAUCACACAUUUGAAAAAAAAAAACCACAUCACACCACUGAUGUCAUUUAGUAAAAUGUUUCUCCGAAUGAAUGUUUGAAAUACUCCAAAGAUAUUCAUAAAAGAAAAAACGAAAAUUUGUGAAUGUUAUACCUUUGAUAAAACAUUCUCUGGAAGUCAAAAAUCUUGUUAUGAACGUAUACUUCAUGUAAUAAAACUACCAAUGUGAUAUCUGUGAUAAAUCAUUUUUGAUAAAUUAAAGUAUGUCUUGUCAAAAAUGUACACUCAGGUCAGAAACCUUACCAGAGUGAUAUUAAUUAUUAACUGAAAGUCAACUAUUUACUCCUCAGGGUCUCUACUAACUUCAUGAAAUCUUUGCAUGGCUUCCAACUUCACACUGUUUAUGCUUAACAAAACUCCCUAUAAAUUUUCCUUUCUCAUACUUCCUGUUUCACAUAGAUACAACCAUUCUAUCACAUAGAUACAAAUCAUUGUAUCACAUAGAUAGAAUAAUUCUAAAAUCACACUCUUCUGCAGUUGAUUCUGCUCUUUACUUCUUUAAAACAUGUGGAUAUAGCAACAUCCAUGCAUAUCCUAAACAUCUUAUACCAGGCUUGAACAAGCUUCUUAACCCUUUUGUUACUAUGCUUCUAUUAAACUACACUGCUUUUGUUUCAAUUAAUUCAUUAAAAAAAAGCAAUGAAGAAUUUAGUAAAAUAAUUUCGUUAUUAUUAAAACUUUUGUUUGGAACUUAAAUUUUAAUUUUUAGGUUUUAAUUUAGAUCACUUUAGAACAAGAAUCUUUUACAAGGUGUGACAAAAAAAAAAAAACCUCCCAGAUUUAUCACUCUUGAUAAAUGUUUUAACAGCAAGCACACAGUGUGCACCAGUUCAAAUCAUAAUGGUAAUUGAAAGAAAAAAAUAAAACAUUAGCUACAUGAAGACACUUACUGUCUGCUUAGUUUCACUAAUAGCAUGCCAUUGGCUGUAUAGAAAUAUGGGGGAUCAUUCUGUUGCAUCCUGUAUCAGAAAACCAAGGGACAGUCUAAGGUGGCCGGUAUCAAAAGGAUUAGAUCAAGUUGUUUCAAAUUUAACUCUUUCAAUAGGGAUAUGACAAUUCAGUUUCUUUCAACAUCACAAAGACACAUCUGUAAUCAUAAGUAAUACAUAAAAAAAAAAAAAUCACAGCCCCUACUUCAUUUCACAAUCGACAGUGAUCUCUCAUGACAGCUUGCUGUAUUAAACAUGUUAUGCAAUCAGCAACUUGCUCUCUGGAGGUCUAUGCUGUUCCUGAAAACAUCAACUUAAAGAUAUUAGAAGGAUCAUAUUUGAUUGCAUAAAAGAUGCACAGGCAUAUCAGCUGCACCUCAGUUUCAGCAGCACAUUCAAGGAAAAAAAAAAUGUUUUUAGUGGAUUAAAACUUAUGGGUGGGGAGACAACUUUGCACAUAGGACCUGGGGUGAUUUUCUUUUGUAACAUAUUUUUUUAGAAAAUAAGUGUCUUACAUGCCAUCAGGUAUGGUGAAUGUCUCAUUUAUCUAGAAGGUUCUGACUGAUUUUAAAAGAAGCCGCAAUCAUAUAUCCAUAUCCUCUUAGGAGAUCCACUGCUUUGACAGAAGGGUUACUGCUAUCUCUAGUUUUG